UUGUGAUAGAUCUGAAGACUGGGACAAAGGAUGAUGGUAACAUUGCCUUCCACUUUAGCGCAUGCAUGUCCCAUGUAUGCUGCGACACCUUCAGGAACAGAGCAUGGGAGAAGCAGUACAAUACUGCCUGGAGUCCAUUUGCCAAAGGAGCAGCCUUUGAUAUGUUCAUGGUUAUUAAACAAGAAGGCUAUGAGGUAAUUGUGAAUGGCCAGAUGUUCUGUAUGUUCAACCACCGUAUGCCACUGGAGAGUGUGUCUAGACUUACAAUCUGGGGAGAUGUCUUCAUGAACACCUUUGGCAUCGUUGAGCACUGGAGUACAUCUACCUUUAGUAAGGAACCAACAUCAGGAAUCUCACGUGGGAAAUUUUCUAACAUCCAGUCAGAAGUGACUUCUCCAGUUUGCAACCCUAGUAAAAACUAUACAGGACCAAUUCCUGGAGGGUUGAAACCGGGACAGGCUUUGUUCUUCCAAGGUGUUGUUCCUGGAGAUUGUGACAGGUUUGUGAUAGAUCUGAAGACUGGGACAAAGGAUGAUGGUAACAUUGCCUUCCACUUUAGCGCAUGCAUGUCCCAUGUAUGCUGCGACACCUUCAGGAACAGAGCAUGGGAGAAGCAGUACAAUACUGCCUGGAGUCCAUUUGCCAAAGGAGCAGCCUUUGAUAUGUUCAUGGUUAUUAAACAAGAAGGCUAUGAGGUAAUUGUGAAUGGCCAGAUGUUCUGUAUGUUCAACCACCGUAUGCCACUGGAGAGUGUGUCUAGACUUACAAUCUGGGGAGAUGUCUUCAUGAACACAUUUGGCAUCAUUGAGGUGGAUGAUGUUAAUCUGAAGGUCACCAUUCCUGCCCAUGUUUGCGGGCACUGAUCAUUCCCAAUGCUGUAAAUCAGAUAAUUAUCAAAACAUUUUUCUUUGUGUUAUUUGCAUCAUUUAAUUAGAAUUACAUCUCCCUUUUCAAUUAAACUGUAACUUUUUUCACUAAGUAUUCUUCUGUAUUUUCAUAGCCCACUUCUGUUAGAAGGUAAUGAAAUACCGUGCUACUGUGCUGCAGUUUAAUUGUAAACAGUAUCCUGAUGAUAACCUGAUAAUAUGGAUUGCAACUGAUAUUUAGCAGUUUGUGCUUAAAUUAGUGAAUAAAUAUGUAUUGUAUGUUUACAGGCAUGAACUGUGCUUUUAAGGAAUUAAGAGUAGAUGUUUAUAGUGACAUUCCCAUGUUAGAGAUGUCUGCUUUGCUAUUUUGGUUAGCUAAGAGUUAAAUGCUCUGUUAAAUGCUUUAAAUGUAAUUGAAAUCACUUGUACAUUGUAAAAAAAUUCAAAUAAUUUCUUUUCAACUAUGGAAGUGGUUAACUCUGGACAUUAUUUCUAUACCAUGUGUGCUAAUUUAAGCAGUGUGUACUUAGUGAUAUUUUAUGAUAUACACAUUAAGCUACUGUUAAAAUAAAUAAAUAAAUAGAAAAGCCCGCUAAUCAAAGCCUAGUGAGACAGUAUCGACAUCGUGUUCUGUAUAGAACAAACUGAAAAUGAAAAGAUAACUGUUCAGCAAUUUCUAUUGCAUACUUAUAACAACAAAAAGAUCAUUUUCGAUAAUAAGCUUUGCCAUAUUGCUUGAAUAUAAAACAUUCUUGUGAAUAAUCUACAUGUUCUAUAUUAUGCUUUUUCUAGCCAAGUUUAUGAUGAGCUUUUGAUAUGACCUCAAAAACAUCCAUGCAGAAGAUUUUUUUCAAGUUUAUGGAGAAUAAAGACCCUUCUCUCACUCUCUUUUUGCCAACAAUGCCACAGUAAUUAUCUAAAUUGCUUAAAACUUUUAUAUUUUGUAUUCUCUACACUUUUCCACACUAUUCUGUGGAACCAAAAAAAGUUUUUGUGUUUCCAAAGACGUUCAGUAUAUCUUGUUGUCAUGGAAAUUAUGCAUUGUUGAAUCUAGUCCCCAGUAAAUACUUGGCACCAAACUAAUAUCAUGAAAGAAUGUAAGGUGAAUGGAAGGUAUGCGUCCAAGCAGGCAUAUGUCCUUGGGCCCAUCAGACAGAGGGGCUCCACAAGGCCCAUUUGCCAGCCAAUAACCUACUAAAUCUGGUACCGACAUACAUUAUAUUUCACUGGUUGAAUCUUAUUGCCAGGACUUGUAAAAUCUGAA